AACAUUUGCAUGCAAGUGCUCUAUACUCUGUGAGUGGUUGAUGAUAAAUAUACAUUUUACUUGAUGUCGGGUGUAUUUUUCCUAAACCACCUACUCAUGUCUGGGUGUUUAGCUUUUCAAGUCAGAGGGCCUUAUUUGGUGUUAUUCCACUAUGGUGCAUCAGUGUUUCCCCUAUAUGUAUUUAGCAGCGGCGUUGUGCCGCUGCUAAACCGUAGCCGCCACUGCAAAAGAUUUUAAACCAGGAAUAUAGAAACGAUAAUGGUGCAAUAUAUUUGAAGACUAAAAAUCGCCAAAAUAAAGACUAGACAGUUGGCGAAAGUAAAAUAAAAAAAAAAUGUCAUGAUAUAGGGCCACUUUUGAUUUGGUUUGUCAUUUUAGUUAAAUUAGGAACAAUGCAUAAGCCAUGGCAAAAUGUGUAGAAUUGUAGAAAAUUAGCUUUAAAACAAAUGUUCAUGUCAAAAUGUGUAGAAUUGCAGAAAAUUAGUUUUAGAACAGCUACAGUUUCUCUGUGGCCGAGAGGAGGGCCUCUAAAAUGUGCCAUUUGUCAUGCCCCAUACCCCCACACGCUAACUUUGCCACCGCUGUUGGAAAAAAAAUACUAGGGGAAACACUGCAUAGCAUAUUAAAAUCGAAAAAAAACAUUACUUUGAAACUUUUUGUAAGCCCAUGUCUAUUUUGAUGGUAAUGUCCUUAUCUGCUUUUCAGCCUAAAACACAGAUUUCUUGCGAAACAGGUCAGUUAUAUCUGUAAGUACCCAUUCCCUUACCAUAGUGUGGCUGUAUCUUGCACCGGAUGUACCGUUUAGUAGUAACUAGUUAUUGAAUCUGAAGUAAUGCAUUUUGGGAGUUUUUCCAAGAUUUGUACAUUGUUUUGAGUAUUGUAGAGUUAUUCUAAAGUACUUGCUCAAGAUUUGUUACACCAUUUGGUUGCAUACAAAUGUAAUGAAUGUUGAAUGCUGUGGUGUGCCAUUGUUGCCUCUUUCUGUCUGGUGGUGAAGGGGGCAGCUUGGUGGAAACUGGACACAUUUUUACCCCACUCAUUUGGUGUUUGGCUGCUGCUCAUCACACAUACAGUGUUGGUGUUCUGUGAAAUGGAAUUCCUGGAGAAAACGCAGGGUGACUCUAUAGAGUUCUACUGUAUCUCUGAGUUCAAUGCCUCCAAGCCCAUUGGGCUCUACCUGAAACGCAAGUGGCUGCAGCCCAACCAAGAGGUCAUGUUCAUGUUUACUGAACAAAAGCCUUCGUUUUACGGUGACGUCAAAGAGCGCAUCAAUGUCACGGGAGACCCGAGUACUCACCGGGUCAACGUGACCCUCAGCCAGCUGAAGGGAACAGACACAGACAUCUACUACUGUGAGUUUGUCUUCCCCGAUGCCUCCAGCGUCGAUAAAAAGAUUCCAAGCAAUAUGGAGUUCUUUCUGUACGUUGACACUGUUGAAGAUGUCCCAGACAACAAGAUGGAUGUAGGCCUGAUAGAGACGUGCGCCGGGGGGUCAGCUGUCCUCCCCUGCCUCGUCCCCAACGGUUCCCCCUCGGCCAUGGAAGGGGUAUGCCUGAAGAGGCGGUGGGGCCGGGCUCCAGUGGAGGUGCUGUUCCACUCAAAGCGCCCCUCUUCCUCUGCCUCGUUCCCCCCAGAAGAGAGGCUUCACCUGGGCACGGGUCUGGGCGGCCUGGCAUACAACCUCACCCUGCUAAAGAUGCAGCCGGAAGAGAGCGCCUUUUACAGCUGUGAGCUGCUGCUCCCCGGCAGGUCCGACAACAGUGCCAGGCUAGGGAGAUACGUGUACUUUGUGUCUGUGCAAGGUGUUAGGUGUAGCUGUACUGGCUACACUCCACUGCUCUAUGCCCUUUCUGCUGCUGUGGGGCUGCUACUCAUCUUCCUUAUGGCCCUGGGAGUGGCUCAUUAUGGUAAGACCCGAGGAGACCGUGUCAAACCGCAGCCCCACCAGGCUUCCAUCUACGAGGAGAUGGUUGGGGUGCGGCCCUCCAUCCGGAAUGGAAAAGUGUCUCCCUCUUACCACCCGAGGCCCCCCCUCUUGAGUUCUCAACAGGAAAACCACAGAGAGGCCCGAAGAGUCACCGCUAGUAUCUGAAACUGCGAGGAACAAGGUCUGCCCAAUCUCACCAACACGGUGUUUGACUACAACUACAAUUUACAUAACCUUAAAUUUGGACAAACAAACAUCCACCUAACUUAGUUUGUUGUACUGUAAAUGCUGUUGUGGCGUUAUAAACAAUGUUUUGUAUUUGAUGUAAAUGCUGGCAGUUAAAUGUUGUAGCCUUGCUUUACUUUUUGAAAAGAUAUUGUAUUUAAACCAACAAAAAUAUUAAGUGUAAUACUUGUCUUUAUUAGUGUUGUAUUUUGACAUGGUACAUUUGUCCUGUGCUGGAAACAGAUAUUCAUGGACUUACAAAAUACCAAUUUAUACCUGGUGCUAACAUCCCGUCCUUUGUCCACAUUCUGAGACAGAUGCGGACUAUUAAAUGCAUUGUGGUCCGGUAAAUUGUCUUGAUAUCAAGUGUAGACUGAUAAAACCUUUAUGGCGUCAAAUGUCUCAAUAUUUUGAAUACUGGAUGGGACCAGGAAACCUGGUCUUAACUGGACUGGCUAAUAUGUGGACAAGCGCCAGGACACAUGCAACAGGGUGCCUUUCCACAUCGAGUUUGUUACCAUGCUACAUAUCGGAAAUGAACCAGUCAUGGGAUGGUCCACCGGAUGUGUUUGCAUGGUGUGCUGAACCACAGCUUCAAAAUCUAAUUGUAUUUGUCACAUGUGCUGAAUACAACAGGUAUUCAGGUCACCUGACAGUGAAAUGCUUAGUUACAAGCAUAUAGAAAAAUAAGUGAGGCUAUACACAGGGGGUACAGGUAAUAUGUAAGCAGAGGUAGUGACUUUGCAGUUCAGUUGGAUGUGAAAGCUGUAAUGUCCUUCUGCGAUAUGCAAAUUCCGAGAACUCACUCUGACCUGAAUAAAGGUGCAAUAGAGAUUUAACUCAACAGCUUACUGUAAAAAAAUAAAUUUAUAACAAGGGG